GAGAAGGAGGAGGAGGAGGAGGAGAAGGAGAAGGAGAAGGAGAAGGAGAAGGAGGAGAAGGAGAAGGAGAAGGAGAAGGAGGAGGAGGAGGAGCAAGAAAAGGAAGAAGAGGAGGCCAUGGAAGAAAAAAAGGACCAUGAAAAAGACGGAAAAAUAAAUACAGAAAGCCAUAAAGACUGAAGAGAAGAAGAAAGAAGAGCACCCACGAAGAUGAGGAAAAAAGAGAAGAAGAAGAAGAAGAAGAAGAAGAAGAAGAAGAAGAAGAAGAAGAAGAAGAAGAAGAAGAGAAGACCACGGAGGAGGAGGAGGAGGUGGCGGAGGAGGAGGGAAAAGAGUAGGGGGAAGGAACGGGGGGCAGGCAGGUGUAGGUAGGGCCCCACAAACUGGAGCGGCAGCAGCAGUGUGGUAAAGGAAUGUCAGACAGUUUGUGGUUAGCAGUGAGAGCUGACGGACGCCGACGAGGGUAUUCCGCAACGUCCUUGGUUUUCCCGCCCUCCCCACCAUGACUACUGACGGAGACGAGGACCAAUGGCAGACCAAAGACACGAAGCUACUUUGGCUUCACGCGCACCGGUGGGCGUUGGCGGCGGUGGUGGGAGUAGCGACGGUGGCGGCGUGGCUGGCGGCAACAGUGGUGGUCACAGCACUGGCGGCAUCUCCAAAGCUGACACACGGCGACGAGGACAGCGCCGGAGCAGGAGUGGGUCUACUACUGACGGGAACGCCCCUAGACGCUGACCUGCGGGCCGCCUUCCAGCUGGCAGCGCGCCGCAGCGGUGCAGGGGUGCCGCUGCUGGAGAGCGCCGCCGCAGAGACGGCCGAGGACGUGGUGGCGGCCUUCACGCAGCUGUGGGAGGUAGGCGUGAGAGUAUUCCUGUCAGGCGGCGCUGCUACGUACACGGAGGCCUUGUGUCGACACCUGCAGCAGGCAGGGAAGGAGGCGCUGCUCGUGUCGCUCACAGCCGACGCUGACACUCCCUCCUGCAGCAGCAGCAACGGCAGCAGCAGUCUGCUGGCGUCUCUCUCCCCGCCGCCCGCCGCGCUGAUGGCCGCGGAGGUGGCGGCGCUGGCAGAAGGCGGUGCUACCCACCUCGUGCCCGUUUUUAUGCCGUCGCGGGCGGGGGAGUCGCUCCUGCCGAGCCUCAGGGCGGUGGCGGCGGCCAGCAACGUGAGCUUGGCCGAGCCCGUCUACCUGGACACCGCGCGCCCCUCCGUCAUGCAGGUGAGUCGGGCUCUGGACACCGCACCCGGGGCCGCCGUCUGGCUGACGGCAGACCACCACCUGCCGCACCUCAUGGCGCCGCUGAGGGACGCCCUCUACGGCCGCCUUGUCAUGCUACACGCCCAUCCCGCUCACCUCGCCGCCCUCCUUGCUCAUCCUGCCGCCCGCGCCGCCGCUGAGACCUGCGCUGUCACCACAGUGCAGUGGGCGGGGCCCUCCAAUGUUAACAGCCUCGCCCACCGCCGCCUCAUGGCUGCCCUCACGCCCACGUACCCGCUGGCGGCCGCCCUAGCCUACCACGCGGCCACCCUGGCUAUCGAUGCCGCACUCCACGGCAGCGCCCGCACUGCGACGCAACUCAAGACUCGCCCACUGGAGGAGGCGAGCGGGUGGGGCGCUGAACCCGUCCAGGAACAGGAGGUCCGGCGGACAGAGGAGAUGGGCAGCGCCCCUGCCAUGCAACAAGCAGGGUGGGCAGCACGCCUCCGUCUAGUAAAGCAACACCUGGUGGAGACAAUGGUGAUGCAGGACUCGCCGUGGCUGCUGGAGGGCAUGACCUGGGUGCACGAAGGCGCCGGCCCGUCCUCCUGGGUGGUGAGGGGGAGCUACGCCCCCGCUCGCCUGCUCACACGGGAGGAGGUGUGGCAGCUGGGGCAGCACGUGGACUGCGGCUCCCUAGCCAGAGUAGAGGUGCGUGCCCACGACCCCCUCACCAAUCGCCCUGUCCUUGCUGCCUGGCCAGUCCACGCCGCGCCGGAAGUGCUCCUCAUACCCAACUUCUCCCCGCGGGGCUUCAGUGUCAAGGCACACUGCCCGGGCCGUGCCAGGAGGGAGGUGGAGGUGGGGUGCCAGGGUGCCGCGGCACACGACGAGCUUCUAAAAUGCGUAAUGGUGAAGUCCAGAGGAGACAGACAGCGGCGCGAGGUGAACAACUUCAUCACCCACCACGGGGUGUCCGUGAGACAGUUUCAAAGACGAAGCUUGUCCUACGCCAUCAGGAAGGCAAAGGGCUUCAUCCACCACCCUGACGUGCGGGCAUUCAUUCCACAGCUGGGCGGGUGUCUCGGGGCGACCGGGGCCUGCAGUUUCUGUUUUGUCUUCAUCAUGGCCACCAACGUGACUGUGAACCCAGGGGUGUGCAUGGGCGCGUGUGCCGUGGCCGUGGGCGCCUCCUGCUCCUCACUAUUCGCCAAGGGUGUGGAGUACCAGAUGGCUCACACCGUCAUCUGCACGGAGCUGUUCACACAGGGCCAACUCUCCUGGGAUUCCUACAUUGCAGACGCCGCCUACGGAGCGCGCGUGGCAGCAACCAACCCCCAGGCGUUGCGAGGCUACCAGCUGAUGGCGGGCCCCCUGGUGGCUGCCAUGCAGGUCAGUCCGAGCCUCUCCAGCCUGGUGGAGGUGCUGGCACGGCCUUGGGUCAGGCACAUGGAGUUUGAAGAGGGCGUGGCAGAAGCUGACGACCCAGUGGGGCGCCUCAUGGCUGCCCUGGGCCUGCCGCUGUGCUCAGCUGUGGCGCUAAUGCACCACCACAUCCUCAAGGCAGCACUCGUCGCCCUGACGACCACCCUGACCUGGCGCGCCCUCAAGUGACUCUCACACACCUCAGGAUCACCAAAAAGACUUGCCUCACACCUGGGCCACUCCUGCCCAGGAGAGAUGCGAGCCACACUCUCAGGAAUACUGCAUCACAGGCUGCCCGCCUUCAAGCCUGCGUUCAACCUAG